AUGGCAAGCACCGAUGCAAACAUCCCCACCGCCAGGUCCCAGGUACCCCUCGAUGACGUCACGGCCCAGAAUGCCGCCCGCAUCAUCCAGAGGGCAUAUCGUGGCUAUCGCACACGCCGUGAGCUGUGCGGCUUAGGACUAGAUGCAUCAACACGAUGGGUUGAGGCUGUUAAAGAUGCCGAAUGGCACCUCCUCCAUCGGCCCACCGCGCCCUCCUCCGAAACCAACAACACCCCUAAAAGCCAAGCCAAACUGAACUGGAAGCGCGCCGUUAGCGUGGCCAAACAAGCCGGCGGCGACGACAACACCGGUCUCGGCCCAACGCCCACAUCCCCUGCUGAUGACAGCCCUCGAUCAUCAUGCCAGUCGCAGCCGGCCUCGCCCACUGCGACACGUCCGCAUGACCUCCCACCCGGCACGUCCGCGAAGACCAUGGACUUGCAGUACUUCUUGGAAAUGGUGGACCUGAAACAUCGGCAUGGGAGUAACCUGCGCAAAUACCACACCUAUUGGAUGAACUCGCCGUCGAAGCAGAAUUUCUUCUACUGGCUUGACCACGGCGAAGGCAAGGAAUUGGAGUUGCCGAAGUGCUCCCGUGAGCGACUGAAUCGGGAGCAGGUGCGGUAUCUGACCAGGGAGGAGCGAAUGAAUUACCUGGUCAGGGUGGAUGUGGCCGGGCGAUUUCGCUGGGCGAAGAAUGAGGAGCUAGUUUGUACGGAUAGUACCAGGUUCAAGGAUAGUUUGCGAGGGGUGGUGCCAGUCGAGGAAGAUGCGCCGCCGUUUAAAGGGAACUUCACGAAUGCCUCAUACUCUUCGUCUUCCUUAUCUUCGUCAGCGGAGGGUGCCGGUCUAGUGGACUCUGACUCGGAUUCGGCGGAGUCGUCGUUGAGUUCCUCCAGUGAUGAGAUAGAGAAGUUGGAGAAAGAUGACUAUCAGUCUGCGAAAUUCGUGAAGCGACUGGUUCAUGCGACACCCGGGGGAGUAUUGAAGCAACUACGGGGGAAAUCUGUGAAAAGGGGCGACAUGUGGAUAUUUGUCGCCGAUACUUCCUGGCGUGUUUACAUUGGAAUCAAAGAAUCCGGCGCAUUCCAACACUCCUCGUUCCUACGAGGUGCUCGCAUCGCGGCGGCAGGGUUAAUCAAGAUCAAGGAGGGACAGCUGCGAAGUCUAGCACCACUUAGCGGUCAUUAUCGUCCCCCGGCUGCCAACUUCCGUGCGUUCGUCCACGCACUACAAGACCAAGGUGUCGACAUGUCCCAUGUCUCAAUCAGCAAAUCGUACGCCGUAUUAGCUGGAAUAGAGGGAUACGGCAAGGCCAAGCGCACAGUUCGAGCGCUGCAUGAGAAAGUGGAUAAUUCGAAACACAAGAUCCAGCAUAGCUUGCAUGCGGCAGGAACCGAUCAUGACAGUGCGCACGGCAAGGCUUCAACUCACGGUCGGAGUGAAAAGGUCUUACCGUUCCGUACAAAGUCGCCUGAAGUCCAUGCUACCAAAGACGACCAAGCAUCAUGA